AUGUUAAACUGUGAGAAGCCCCCCAGUGGGCGGUGGCGUACGCCGCCCUUCGAUCCACGCUUCCCCAACCAGAACCAGACCCGCAACUGCUGCAAGAACUUCCUGGACUACCACGGCUGCAUGAAGAAAAUGAACCGCCGCGGGAAGAGCACGCAGCCCUGCGAGUACUACUUCCGCGUGUUCCACUCGCUGUGCCCCAUAAGCUGGGUGCAGCGCUCGACCCAGCAGAUCAAGAACGGGAACUUCGCGGGCAAAAUCUGACUACCUGAGCUCUGCUCCUCCGGGAGAUCGGCCCCAGUGGCCCCGGUGGCCCCCAUCCACUCCUCUCCCAGAGACCCCGCCCCCCCACACCCAGUCUCUAA